AUGAUGGUAAAGGAAUUAUCUAAAAAGUAUGCCAACAUUACCCAUGAUGCAAUAUCUAUUUACAAAUCACUGUGCAUCGAAUGUCAGCGUAAACGUAAGCCACCAACAACCAAAGGGACUGUUGUUCGACCUAUUCUGACAAAGAACUUUGGCUCCAGAUCACAAGUUGACCUUGUAGACAUGCAGGCGAUGAAGCAAGGCAACUAUAAGUGGAUAAUGGUCUACCAAGAUCAUCUUACAAAGUUCUGUGUAUUGAGACCUCUCACAUCAAAACGUGCUGCAGAAGUUGCGUAUCAGCUGUUCGAUAUUUUUCUUUUACUUGGUGCACCGGAAAUUCUACAAAGUGACAACGGAUCGGAGUUUACUGCUUGUGUUAUUACAGAACUUAAACUGCUUUGGCCUGAUCUCGUAAUGGUUCAUGGAAAACCUAGACAUCCUCAGAGCCAGGGGUCAGUUGAACGAGCAAACUGUGAUAUUAAAGAUAUGUUGGUAGCCUGGUUGAGUGAUAAUAAUACAACAGACUGGACAGUUGGUUUAAAAUUUGUGCAGUUUCAAAAAAACUCUAGCUACCAUUCUGGCAUUAGAAGGUCACCAUUUGCUGCAUUGUUUGGAUCCGAUGCAAAAGUAGGACUGACAACUUCAGCUCUUCCACAUGAUGUAAUUCACCGUCUCCAAAUUACUGCUGAACCACCUGCUGUCGAAUCAGUUACUGCUGAACCACCUGCUGUCGAACCAGUUACUGCUGAACCACCUGCUGUCGAACCAGUUACUGCUGAACCACCUGCUGUCGAACGUCGGGAACAAUUUAACGAUUCCGAUACCAAUGGUGGAUAG